ACUCCCUCUCUCAGACCUGCUCCCAUUUCUUCCUAUUUAGUCCAGCCGGAGGGGGAAAGUGAAGAUGCAGCUCCUGUGUGCAGCUGUCCUGGCACUGUUUGUGCUGUCUACCUUUGAUCAGGUGGACUCGUCUGCUUAUGACAAGAUUGUAUCCCACAGCCGCAUAAGGGCAAAGGAUAAGGGACCAAAUGUGUGCGCUCUCCAGCAAGUCAUGGGGACCAAGAAAAAAUACUUCAGCACUUGCCGGAACUGGUAUCACGGGUCCAUCUGUGGAAAGAAAGCGACAGUGCUGUACGAGUGCUGCCCUGGAUACAUGAAGCUAGAUGGAAUGCCCGGAUGCCCAGCAGUGGCCCCCAUUGACCACGUGUAUGGAACUCUGGGUCUUGUGAAUGCCAUCACUACUCAGGAGUACUCGGAUAUCUCCAAGCUGAGGGCAGAGAUUGAGGGAGAUGGAUCAUUUACGAUGUUUGCUCCCAGCAAUGAAGCUUGGAAUCUCUUAGACCCUACAGUAAGGAGUGCACUGGUGAGCAAUGUGAACAUAGAGCUGUACAAUGCUCUUCGCUACCACAUGGUUAACAAGCGCCUCCUAACCAAAGACUUGAAGAAUGGCAUGACCGUCACCUCCAUGUACAAUGACCUCGGUCUUCUCAUCAACCAUUACUCCAAUGGGAUCGUUACGGUGAACUGCGCCAGGAUUAUUCACGGCAAUCAGGUGGCCACAAACGGAGUGGUGCAUGUCCUCGACCGCGUCAUCACUGCCGUGGGAAACACCAUCCAGGACGUCAUCGAAGUCAACGAUGACCUGACCUCCCUCAACACUAUAGCUGUUGCGUCUGGCUUGCUGGACAAACUGGGUCAGCCAGGCCACUUCACGUUAUUCGCCCCCACCAACGAAGCCUUUGAUAAGCUGGACAGCGAUAUUCUGGAGAGGCUGAUGAGCGACAAGGGAGUCCUCCAAGCCCUACUGAACUUCCACCUGCUGAACUCAGUGCAGUGCUCAGAGGCUAUCAUGGCCGGCACCUCCUACGAGACAGUGGAGGGCCACAACAUUGAGAUCGGCUGUGAUGGAGAGAGCCUGACCGUGAAUGGCAUCAAGAUGGUGUUGAAGAAAGACAUUGUCACCACCAACGGCGUCAUCCACCUGAUCGACCAGGUGCUGAUGCCAGACUCAGCUAAACAGGUGAUCGAGCUUAUUGGCAGCUCUCAGGCUACCUUUGGCGACAUGAUUUCUGAGCUGGGUCUGGCCGCUGCCAUGAGGUCAGGAGAAGAGUACACCUUUCUCGCCCCACUCAACUUGGCUUUUACAGAUGAGGUGAUGUCGAUGGACCAGCGCUUCCUGAAGAUAAUCCUGGAAAACCACAUCCUGAAGAGGAAGAUUGUGCUGAAUCAGAUGUACAAUGGCCAACGGUUGGAGACCAUCGGGGGAAAGUACCUCAGGGUGUUCAUCUACCGCACGGCUGUCUGCAUUGAGAACGCCUGUAUGAUUAGAGGAAGCAAAGAGGGGACAAAUGGAGCCCUACAUCUCAUGAGGACCCUAAUAAGGCCGGCUACGAACACCAUGUUCCAGGUCCUGAACGAGGACGGACGCUUCAAGAUAUUCCUGUCUCUGAUGGAGGCCGCAGGUCUAACUGGUUUACUCCAACAAGAAGGAGACUUCACCCUGUUUGCCCCUACAGAUGAUGCGUUUGAGGGCAUGACCAGGCGAGACACAGCGCUGUUGACAAGUGACAUCAACGCCCUGAGGGCCAUACUGCUCUACCACUUCAGUCACAAUGUGUUCAUUGGUGGUGGCUUGGAGGGCGGAGUCACCAACCUUGUCAAGACCUUACAAGGAAACAACCUCAGACUGCUGUCUGCCAACAACAGCAUCCUGGUGAAUUCCGUUAAAAUCAAUGACCCCGACGUCAUGGCUUCAAACGGCGUGAUUCACGUUGUUAAAAGCCUGCUCUACCCAGUGGACCUGCCAGUUGGAAGCCAGGACCUGCUGGCGCUGUUGCGGAGACUCAUCAGGUACAUCCAAAUCAAGUACGUGGCUGGAUACAGAUACGUGGAGAUUCCUCUCACUUUCAUGAAGCAGGUCGUUACCACUCGCGUCGUUGAAAGAGUGCCUGAUGUUACCACGGUGACUAGGGUAAUUCAGGGAGAUCCUUCGCUCACCAAGGUCACCAGGGUCAUCCAAGGGGAGCCGUCCGUUACCAAGGUCACUAGGGUCAUCCAAGGGGAGCCAUCUGUUACCAAGGUUACAAGGGUCAUUGAAAGCAAUCCCUCUGUAACAAAGGUCACCAGGGUCAUCAAAGGUGAUAUGGAAGCUGACGGAGACCUGAAAAGGCUUAUGGAAGAAGGGACAGUUGAAGGCGACUUCCAGCUGGUUGAUGGAGACUCAGAAAGAAUCACCAAAGCCAUCCAAGCAGGGGGAUCAGUGAGACGAGUCCCUGGCAGAAAGGUUCAAGCUGGCACCAGAAGAAGAACAAGACAGGUCAGCCAGUGAGCAGAAAUUGACCAGAACACCUUCAAGCUAGGGAGGACAAGACCUGAGGACAAACCCGCAAUAAGACACCCAUGGGGCCAAGACCUGGAUAAACAUGUAAGAUGGAGAAAAAGUUGUGGAUCAACUAGAUAAAUUAAAUUAAAGCAAAAUACUUUACAAAAGCAAUGAUUGGUGUAUGUAAUCCUUGAAAAAAUUAAAGCCUCGGUCAACAAAAAAAAAAAAAAGAGAGAGUACUGAAAGUCAGCCAUACAUGCAAUUCCUUUACAUAUCUGUGUGAAAGCAUGAAACACAAGCAGUUAGUUAUGUAAGUAACAACUGAAUGCCUGUCGCAAGACACACAAAUAUUGAUGGGGACGCCUGGGGCAUUUACCUCUGCAUGAUCAGAAUUUUGUGGUGCUCGCAUUCUGAACUUCAGAAUGCUUCUUUUUUUUUGGUUUAAAUGAAUAAUGCUUUGCUACUUUCAGUUACUCUGUGUAAAUUACAUAGCUUGAGACCU